AUGGGUGAAGUGGAAGUGGUACUUGGCAUGUCGCGCAACUAUACAAGAAGAAGCAACGAGGAGGCUGUGCAUAGUGAGGCCGUGCCAUCGCGUCGUAGUGGCGUUCCACAAACUGAAAACGACUGGAUUGCUAUAGCAAAGGAUUUCGAAAAGAGAUGGAAUUUCCCUCAUUGUCUUGGCAGCCUAGAUGGAAAACAUAUCGAUAUAAUUCCUCCAGCCAACAGUGGAUCUUUUUUUUUCAAUUACAAACAUAGACACAGUUUAGUUCUACUUGCCAUAGCAGAUGCAAAUUAUAAAUUUAUUUCAUUUGAUUUCGGUACAAAUGGCAGAGUAUCAGAUGGGGGUGUCCUUCAGAAUACAGAAUUUUUUAGAAGACUUCAGGCCAAAUUAUUAAACAUUCCCGGAGAAAAAGAAGUUGCAAAUGAGUCACGCAAGCUACCGUUUGUUUUUGUCGCAGAUGAUGCUUUUCCUUUGAGGCCUGACAUGCUGAAACCAUACAGACAGACGGGGUUCAUGGAUAAAUAA